GGAUCUUACCCUCUUUUAUGUAUAUCCAUCCCCAGCUUAAAUCCACCACCAGACCAUGUGCUCUCCAUGACGGAUGUUCGAUUGCUAAGCUAACGCUGCAUGUCAGAAGAUUCUCCUUGGUAGAGCCAAGGGUUGUUGGAAACUCCAACCUAGCCCUCUUAUUAUUUUCUGUGUGUGUGUUCCUCCAGAACUUUCAAAACUGUUUCUCCAAAGGGUUUUGCAGAAACUCAGACUGUUUCCUAAAGCAGAAGCACCUCAGUCCACAACAGUAGUGAUGGGCAGCGUGCGAACCAACCGCUAUAGCAUCGUUUCCUCAGAAGAAGAUGGCAUGAAGUUGGCAACCAUGGCAGUUGCCAAUGGCUUCGGGAACGGGAAGAGCAAAGUACACACUAGGCAGCAGUGCAGGAGCCGCUUCGUCAAGAAAGAUGGACACUGCAAUGUCCAAUUCGUUAAUGUGGGUGAGAAAGGACAACGUUACCUGGCAGACAUCUUUACCACAUGCGUGGAUAUUCGCUGGAGGUGGAUGCUAGUUAUCUUCUGCCUGGCUUUCAUCCUUUCCUGGCUUUUUUUUGGCUGUGUGUUUUGGCUGAUUGCUCUGUUGCAUGGGGAUCUGGAGGAGACAACAAACUACAAAUCUUGUGUCUCCAAUGUGAACAGCUUCACUGCAGCCUUCCUCUUCUCCAUUGAAACUCAGACAACGAUUGGGUAUGGUUUUAGGUGUGUCACAGACGAGUGCCCCAUUGCAGUCUUCAUGGUGGUUUUCCAGUCUAUCGUAGGCUGCAUCAUUGAUGCCUUCAUCAUUGGGGCUGUCAUGGCAAAGAUGGCUAAACCAAAAAAAAGAAACGAAACUCUAGUCUUCAGCCACAAUGCUGUUGUGGGCCUGAGGGAUGGGAAGCUGUGCUUAAUGUGGCGUGUUGGAAACCUACGGAAAAGCCAUUUGGUAGAGGCACACGUGAGAGCCCAGCUUCUUAAAUCCAGGGUCACCUCCGAAGGAGAAUACAUCCCCUUGGACCAAAUAGACAUCAAUGUUGGGUUUGAUAGUGGGAUAGACCGCAUAUUCCUGGUCUCCCCAAUUACAAUAGUACAUGAAAUAGAUGAACAAAGUCCCUUGUAUGACUACAGUAAGCAAGACAUGGACAAUGCAGACUUUGAAAUUGUAGUAAUAUUAGAGGGCAUGGUGGAAGCUACCGCCAUGACUACCCAGUGCCGUAGUUCAUAUCUGGCAAACGAAAUCCUCUGGGGCCACCGUUAUGAGCCUGUGCUCUUUGAAGAGAAAAACUACUACAAAGUGGACUACUCUAGGUUCCACAAAACAUACGAAGUGCCCAACACACCCCUCUGUAGUGCCAGAGACUUAGCAGAAAAGAAAUACAUUCUCUCUAAUGCAAAUUCCUUUUGCUACGAGAAUGAAGUGGCCCUCACCAGCAAAGAAGAGGACGAGAGUGACAAUGGGGUGCCUGAAAGCAUGAGCACGGACACCCUCCCAGACAUGGACCAUCAUAACCAAGCUGGGGUGCCACUAGAACCUAGGCCGUUAAGGCGGGAAUCAGAAAUAUGACUGACUGACUUUUUCUCUGUUAUCGUUUGGUUUAAAAGAAAAGUACGUCGGUCAAAGGCACAAUGAGCUGAGAGUUGGCCCAAAGCAGUUUUCAGACGAUGGUACUGUUGAAGAAAGGCGUGAAGACAAGCGGUCCUGAGGAAACUAAGCCAGUUUUAGGGCUGUCUUUAGAGGAGAGAGAGCUGAAAAUGAACUCUAAUCACGAAGCACUAAACAAUGUCUAAGUGUGACCAGAAGGCACAUAUAUAUUGUAGAAUAAAUUAUGUAUAUAUUUUUUUACAAAACUUGAACUUGCAGGCGAGCUUUGGUUGGGUUUUUUUUU